AUGUCCCUAUUUGGCGAUGAAGAACCGGCGACCGACAUCGAUCCUAACGUCUGGUACCAUCUCACCGAAGACUUCGUUGACAAUUAUAACGGAAGCUUCAAGAGUAUGCUGCAAACAUACAAGGAGGAUAGCGGGGACGAUGGGUUUCGCGUCUUUCCCAUUGCCGACAGGAAAACAUACUGGCAGUUUCAACCCAUAAACAAAACACGAGGCCGAUACGAGCUUCGCUGCUCCGAAACGAAGACUCGGAAACAGUUCGCCGUAUGUUAUCGAGAUUUUGAAUCGGUCGAGAACCGACGCACACGCGCUUGUCUAACCGACAGUGAUGGGGGCGAGUCGCAACAAUGGGAUGUGUCUCUGUGGGGAACGAAUAAGACGGGAAAAUACUUAUUCACAAACGUCGGAAAUGGCACUGAAUAUCACCUCGAUGUGAUUCCUGGUGACGCCGUCUUUAUGAGCCCAAAUCUCGACGGAAAUCAAAACAGGCAGCGUUGGUUGAUGACCAGUGUCAGCGAUGUCAACGAUGACGCCUACAGUACUGUCUUCGCAAAACCCGUUUCCGAGUCAACACAUGUUUCAGUGACGACAACAGAUUCGCCGGAUGAAGUAGCCACAGAAUCCACCUCAUCCUCGUCAUCCUCGUCAUCGGACUCGGGUUCCAGCAGCAUCUCAGGUGGUGUGAUCGCAGGUAUCGUAAUAGGAGCUGUACUCGGUGUUCUCGCGAUUGCUCUUUUGGGAUUCUUUCUCUGGCGACGCAAGAGACGCACCAGUCGCCUUCCUUCUGAGCUUAGUGGCACAAUGGGCAACCACGGCGCACCUGGAGAUGAUCAUACCCGGUUUACCGGUUACAAGGCAGAAAUCGAUUCGACUCCCAUAAAUUCCACCUCACCGGCACCACCAGCUUACGAAUUGUCGAAUACUGAAAAACCCGUCGAACUCCCGGCAGCCGAGCAGAGACACGAGCUGAGUUAA